GCCGACGAUGCUCUGGUGGGUCCCCGGCACCUUGAGCAUCCCCAGCAGGCUCCCCAUGUUCUCCCGCGUCGAACGCACCCUCUCCCGCUUCCCGAUUCGCCCGCAAUCGUCAUAUCCAUUCUUGAUUGCAAGCUCCGCCAUGGUCUCUUUCGACCCAGAUCUUCGCAUCGGCUUGGUUCAAACCAACAUGCACCUGUGUAUGGACAACAUCAGCAGCGUACCGUGGUGGUUUGUUCCUUGUUUCCUUGCCCAGAACAUGCGAGUUCAAAUCCUCACACCAGCCUUAAAUCCAGUCCUUCUUCCUCUAUUUUUGGUCCAGAUCUCGCAAACACAAAAGGGUAUCAAGCGUGGAGUCUUUCCAAUUCCAUCAACAACAUCUAGCCCAGCUGAUCUGUUGGAUCUUCUGCUGAUGGGCCUCGGCCCAGAUCCAUCUACCACAUCCCAGCGAGCCAGGCCGUCAGCGCAAGCAAGGUUCCGGCCCAGUACCGCGCAGGUCUGGUCCAGUUCGGCCUCUGCCAAUCCUUUCCCUUUUGUUUUACAGAAAAUGGGUUAUUCUUGCAAAAUUAAUAACUUUUAA